CACUUGGAACCAGCUUCCUAGAUGCCAUCUGUUUUCUACAUCACUGCUCCUGUACUCCGCAAACUCCCCUGAUCCCAGGCCCGUUGUCUUCCUCUGCUUCCUCCCGUGACAUCCAACGAACCACCAUCUUUCCAGCAUCACCAUCCAUCCACCCUCAGCCCGCCGGGCCACUCACAAGGAUAUCUGCGGCCAAUGGCGGCGUCAACUAACACUAAAUCCCCCACUAUUCGACGCAUACUCCGCGAGGCUGCAGAGCUUUCAAAUGCGCCGUCGCCUGAUUACACUGCAGAGCCACUAGAGUCGGACCUCUUCGAAUGGCACUUCACCCUUCGCGGGCCUCCAAAUUCCCCAUACAGCCAGGGUGUUUACCAUGGCCGAAUUAUCUUGCCUCCAGCGUAUCCUCUGCGGCCCCCAAGCUUUCGCUUCUCCACCCCAAACGGCCGCUUUGAGGCCAACCGUGAGAUCUGCCUCAGCAUAAGUGGCCAUCAUGAAGAAACGUGGCAGCCGGCCUGGGGCAUCCGAACCGCCCUUGUCGCGCUCCGCAGUUUCAUGGAAACAGAUGUUUUGGGUCAGCUAGGGGGCCUGGAAACUACUGAAGCGGUCCGCCGUCGCCUUGCUCAAGAGUCAGCGUCCUUCAAAUGCGCAGUCUGCGCCAGAACAAAUGCGGAUAUUAUCGCUGAGUGCGAAGACCGCUGUAAACAAGGCGCCUCCCCAUGCCAGGAUAUAUCAGUUCCCGCUGAGUUAAAUAUGGAAUGGAGAGAUGAGCUUGAGACUGCUAGGAAGGGCCAGUCGCCGUCAGCUCAUUCAUCAAAGGUUUCUCCUGUACCCGAUCGAAAUGAUGAGAUAUCUGAUGAAGCUGAGCUGGCAGAGGGGUUUGUCCAGACUGCUCCCAGCAUUCCAGAUGGCGUAGCAGCACAACCAUUACCGACGGCGGGCCUCGAAACUCAGCGGAACUCUUUAACCGCUAAUCGGACGAGAGCGGGAAGCGAUGGAGUGCCGUUGUGGGUAGACAGGGUGAUUAUAGCUUUGGUCAUUCUGUUGAUUGCACUGGUUCUUAAAGUUUUGUUUAGUACAUAA